AUGUCGACCACCACAGCUGCGUCUUCGACGUCCGCUGCCACGACAGCCACCGGAGAUGCGAGUGCCUUGACGACGGCUUUCACACCGCCAGCAAGAUGCACUCAGACGUCGUUGAUGUUCGGCAUGCUUGCGCCGCGGUCUGAAAUCUGGAUCAACGAGCCUGUACCAUACCACAACGUCAACAACAUUCACGGGCCAAGUUACCGGAAUGGUGUCGUCGAUCGUGCCUGCGAUGAUCCCAUUGGUGUGCCCGCUGAGCUGGGAAACGGUCAUGACGGCUCCAGGCAAUUACAUCGCUUGUUGUCCACCGUGAAGACUACUCAUUGGCCAGUCCUAAGACUACGGUGGAUGGAUAUCGUCCAGGCUGGAGGAACAUGUUAUUCGGAUCUCAGUAGCGGUCAAGUGCUUACGCAAGUAACCCAAUACAACGACAAGAGCAUUAGCGCCACGAUUCCCUUCACAGCAACAGCUGCUGGCGCACAAGUCUACGCACACCCUAUGGACGGAUAUUCUGCCCAAGAAGCGCAAGUGACCGUUUUCCACACCGCCAACAGCCACAACGCGACGACAACAUCACCCGCAACACUUGCUUCUGCAACUCAGUCUACGACCGCAGCUCCAGAUAGCUCAUCGGGAUCAGGACUGAGUGGCGGUGCAAUAGCAGGCGUUGUCAUCGGCGUGUUGGCUGGCGUGGCACUGCUGGCCGCACUCAUAUUCUUCCUUCUCCGGAGACGAUGGGACCGAAGUGCUCAACCGACACCAUUACAACUCGAGGACGAAGAAAUGCGCGAGAUCCCUGAGACGCCGGCAGAGACGAAGACAGCUGUUGUUGCGGAGAUAUAUGGACCAGGUCGGAAUGAAUUGGGCACUGAUAGAGGCGUGGAUGCUGAGCUUUCAGGCGAGGCCCGGGAGCCGGCUGAGCUUGAUGCUGAAUAUUCCUCAACGGAGAGGCGGUGA